CUUCAUUUGCAAACCGCCAAAUAAAAACCACAGAAGAAGAAGCUUGUGUACAGGAUAUAUUCUGCACUACAAACAGGAAUGGAUAAAGUCUUAACCUGUUUCAACAAGCGCCUCAUCUGUUUUCCCUGGGCAGGUGGAGGCUCUAUCCAUUAUGCUCGCUGGGCCAAAACUCUCAACAGCUCUAUUGAAGUGUACUCAGUUCGACUGCCAGGCAGAGAAGGAAGAGCUAAGGAACCAUUUUUUCUAAAUAUGCAGGAAAUCAUUGAUGAGAUCAUCGGUGUGCUUCUUCCACAUCUCAGAGAAAAGCCAUUUGCACUCUUUGGACAUAGUUUUGGAGCUAUGACCUGCUUUGCUUUUGCCGAACAUGUAAAGAAGGUCUACAACCUUGAGCCAAUCCACAUGUUUCUCUCUGGAGCCUCUGCACCAUAUUUAACAAGCCAUAUGAGGACCUAUGGACCCUUCGAGUGGCUAUUACGCGUUGCUGUGAGGUCUUUAAGGUGUUCUAGAUGA